GGUGGGGAACGCUUCCCCCCGCCCCCUCAAGCGCGAGAGACCCGCAUGCAGGACGCAUUUUUUGGCUGGAGCUCGCGACGGAGGAUAAGCGGCGUCUCGUGUAAAGCGAAAGGACGGACGGGCACGCGCACGCAUCUUCUUCUGCAGGAGGCUCUGGGAAUCUGUAGGGAUAUUACGGCGCGCGCGCGCGCGCCAGGGAAAACCCGCCGGUUUAUAUUCGUCCGUCGCUUGGCUCGGAGCGCGAGGCUGCACGAGAUUUGUUUUCCGAGGAGCGCGAGGAGGCUCCUUCUUCCCGCAGUGCUAGCGGGGCUAAUGCUAAACACAAACGCGCGCGCACGCAGCACCGAGGCUAAUCUCCACGGCAGCUGCGGCAGCGAGUGGAGCCUCGCGCAUACCGGCGCGUCACACUGCACGAGAGACACGGCGGAGAGGGCACACAGGCGCGCGCGGCGGAGGGGGUCGGAGGCUAAUUUGGAGCACAGAAGUGGGCCAGAGAGAGGAGGCAGCAUCAGCCGAACGGCAUUCUGGGAAUAUCGUCCCUUACGAAGAAGGGGGAGGAAGUGGACCAGGGUGGACGGAGGAGUGACCCACAGGCAGUCGCUCUGGCAGCCUGAGUGGUCUGUCCUUCGGUCUGAGUGAUAAGUCUGGCUGUCCAGCUGGUUAAUGUGGCUGUCUGAGUGGUUUGUCAGGUAGAUAGAGGGGUCUAUACAGCAGUCUUGGGGGUCUGUCCAGCAGUCCGAGUGGUCUGUUAGGUAGAUAGAGGGGUCUAUACAGCAGUCUGAGUGGUCUGUCAGGUAGAUAGAGGGGUCUAUACAGCAGUCUUGGGGGUCUAUACAGCAGUCUGAGUGGUCUGUCAGGUAGAUAGAGGGGUCUAUACAGCAGUCUGAGUGGUCUGUCAGGUAGAUAAGGGGGUCUACCCAGCAGUCUUGGUGGUCUGUCCAGCAGUCUUGGUGGUCUGUCAGGUAGCUAGAGGGGUGUAUACAGCAGUAUUGGUGGUCUGACCAGCGGUCUGAGUGGUCUGUCAGGUAGAUAGAGGGGUCUAUACAGCAGUCUGAGUGGUCUGUCAGGUAGAUAGGGGGGUCUACCCAGCAGUCUUGGUGGUCUGUCCAACAGUCUGAGUGGUCUGUCAGGUAGGAUCUGUACAGCAGCCUAAGUGGUCGGUCCAGCAGUCUCAGGGUUCAGUCCAGUAGUCUUAGGGGUUUAAUCUGGCAGUCUGAGGGGUCAGUCCAGCACUUUCAGUCCAGCAGUCUGGAGGGCUCGGGUCCGGCAGUCUGACAGGUCUGUCCAGCAGUCUGAGUGGUCUGUCAGGUAGAUAGAGGGAUCUGUACAGCAGUCUGAGUGGUCUGUCAGGUAGAUAGAGGGAUCUGUACAGCAGCCUAAGUGGUCGGUCCAGCAGUCUCAGGGUUCAGUCCAGUAGUCUGAGGGGUCAAUCUGGCAGUCUGAGGGGUCAGUCCAGCACUUUGAGAGGUACUCCAGCAGUCUGGAGGGCUCAGGUCCGGCAGUCUGAGUGGUCAGUGGAGGCUAUGCUGUUGAGGUCAGUGAUGUAUGUAUGAAAUGGAGACGGCUGGAUCUGGACUGGGCGAGGAGAGGUUUGGGAACACCUGACUGUAGUUCACGUGCUGUUUCUGGCAGUUCCAGUCAUUGUGGCGAUGGGCAGUUCGGCAUCGUCUUUAGCGACGGAGACCGAGUCGGAGCACGGCUUCAGUAGCGCUGCGUACCCUCCGGCGCCCCCGGUGGGCUGGAUGAGGAACAGCCACAGCAGCCCGGUGUGGGGGAGCACCUUCAUCACCCGGCAACAUCCCAUAGCACACAGAGAGCGCAGUCACUCUCACUCUCCCGGCUCCAUGGCAGCAGUGGUGAGCUCUGAUUGGUCGUGCGGCCGCUGUACGUUCCUGAACCCUGGUGGUUCUCCGAGAUGUUCCAUCUGCGAGGCUCCGCGUCAUAAACCCGACCUCAACCACAUAUUGCGUCUCAGCGGCGCCCCAGAGCCACGCUGGACCUGCCCCCGCUGCACUUUCACCAACAACCACGCUGCAGGAGCAUGCUCCGUCUGUGGCUCCGCCCCCUCGGUCCCUAACGGCCCCACCUCACCAGCUCAGACCCCCCCCACUUCCACAAUAGAGCCUACCUCCAGCUCGGAGCCUAGAGGACAGCAGGCCAAUGAGGAUUCCCGGGAGGCGGAGCCCAACGGAGAGGUCAGAGUGAAAGUAGGCGGGGAUUUGUCCUCAGGGUGGGCGUGUCCUCGAUGCACAUUAGUCAACACGCCAGUGGCGAUGUCCUGCUCUGCAUGCGGCGGCCCGCGGAAACUUUCGCUACCCAAAAUCCCGCCCGAGGCGCUAGUCGUCCCGGAGGUCCGAACGCCUGUAACGGGGUUUCCUACGCAAACCGCAGGGGCUCCGAGCGCCCCGCCCCUUCUCAUCGACCUCACAGAGGACUCUCCACCUCAAGUCCCCUCCAAUUCACCAUCUCCGCCUCCUAACACUAACCCCGCCCCCUUUUUGCCACCAUCAUUCUCUUCCUUGCAAAACAACCCUGUUCCUCGCAGCAGAAGAGAAGUCCCACCCCCUGGAAGGCCACCAAACUCCACCCCGUCUCCUACGUCCCCCUCGUCUGCAGGCCCUGCCUCCAAGCCUAAAUCAGAGCAAACCUACCCAGUUAAACGGCUUAGCGUGUUGGAGGAGGAGGAGCCUAACCAUCCGACGGCUCCGGUUACAUCGCCGCCUUCCUGGAAGUGUCCAGGAUGCUCCGCCCCUUCUGGUCCUUCGGUGUUAGCUGCUGGGCGCUGCGAUGCGUGCAAGGGGUCAAGGUCAGGAUCGGGGUCAGGGUCGAGCGGUGAUGUCAUCGACGUUUUAGGAGAGUCGGUACGCUUCACGCCAGCAUCACCAUCCAGCCCCGACUUCACUUCCUGGGCGUGUUCCAAAUGUACGCUAAGGAAUCCCACCGGUGCCGGUCAUUGCACGGCCUGCGGAUCGUCCAAACUGCACGGGUUCUCCGAGCCCUGCACGUCCUGCUCACGCAAACAUGCGCACUCGCACCCGCAGGCUCGCGGAGGGGCUUCCGGGGCGGGGCAGGAGAAAGGCGGGGCCUCUCAGUGGGCGUGUCCGGCCUGCACACUGCUGAAUGAGGGGCGUGUUAAGCACUGUGUUGCAUGUCAUACAGCCCAGCAGUAUCUGAGCCUGAAGCGCAGCACUAAAGCCCUGAGGCGCCGGGAGAGCAUGCACGUGGAGCAGCGGCGGCGCACCGACGAGGGAGAGGCCAAGGAGCUGUGGGAGAACAUCGUCAGCUUCUGCAGGGAGAACGCGGUGAACUUCGUGGACGACAGCUUUCCUCCCGGUCCGCAGUCAGUGGGCUUCCCCGAGAGCGACAGCGUCCAACAGCGAAUCAAGAAGUGGCUCCGCCCCCAUGAGAUCAACUGCAAUAACUUUAAGGACCGCGGGGUGAAGUGGUCCGUGUUCCGCACACCCCGCCCAUCAGACAUACUGCAGGGGCUUCUGGGAAACUGCUGGUUCCUCAGUGCUCUGGCGGUCCUGGCGGAGCGUCCUGAGCUGGUGGAGCGUGUGAUGAUCACCAGGUCCAUCUGCCCCGAGGGGGCGUAUCAGGUCCGGCUCUGUAAGGACGGGACCUGGACCACUGUGCUGGUGGACGACAUGCUGCCCUGUGACGAGUACGGAUACCUGCUGUUCUCACAGGCUCAGAGGAGGCAGCUGUGGGUGGCUCUGAUAGAGAAAGCUCUGGCGAAGCUGCACGGCUCAUAUUUUGCGCUGCAGGCCGGUCGGGCUAUAGAGGGAUUAGCGACGCUCACCGGCGCCCCCUGCGAGAGCCUCAUGCUGCAGGUCAGCUCUACCAACCCGCGAGAGGAGCCCAUCGACACCGACCUCAUCUGGGCCAAAAUGCUCAGCUCCAAAGAAGCAGGCUUCCUGAUGGGGGCAUCCUGUGGGGGCGGGAAUAUGAAGGUGGAUGAUGUUGUAUACGAGUCUCUGGGACUCCGCCCACGCCACGCCUACUCUAUACUGGACGUCCGGGACGUUCAAGGCUACAGGCUGCUGCGUCUGCGGAACCCGUGGGGUCGGUUCUCGUGGAAUGGUUCCUGGUCGGAUGAGUGGGCUGAUUGGCCGCAGCACCUUCGUCACGAGCUGAUGGCUCACGGCAGCAGUGAAGGCGUCUUCUGGAUGGAAUACGGAGACUUCAUCAAGUACUUUGACUCGGUGGAUAUCUGUAAGAUCCACUCCGAUUGGCAGGAAGUUCGUGUUCAAGGCAGUUUCCCGAGCAGGGCCUGCGGACCACUCACUGUUACUGCGCUCACUGUACUGGAGAGAACCGCGCUGGAGUUCGCUCUGUUUCAGGAGGGCAGCAGGCGUUCAGACACUGCAGACAGUCACCUGUUGGAUCUGUGUAUCAUGGUGUUUCGGGCAUCCUUUGGCAGUGGGAAUAAGCUGGUUUUGGGCCGCCUGCUGGCCCACAGUAAGCGGGCAGUGAAGAAGUUUGUGGGCUGUGAUGUGAUGCUGGAGCCGGGCGAGUACGCUGUGGUCUGUUGCGCCUUUAACCACUGGCAGAUGAACGUGACAGGAUCCCCCACUCCAGUACCCAGUCCCACCAAUGGGCGGGGCCAGAGUCAGGACUUCCCCGGCUUCAUCCUGGCCAUCUACAGCAGCAGGCAGGUGAUGGUGGAGCAGGUGGAUGCCACGGCAACCACACUGGCCGACGCCAUCAUACUGCUGACAGAGAACAAAGGAGAGAGACACGAGGGCCGUGAGGGAAUGACCUGCUAUUACCUGACGCACGGGUGGGCUGGGCUAAUCGUCGUUGUGGAGAACCGACACCCAAAGUACUACCUCCAUGUAUCAUGUGACUGCACGGACAGUUUCAACGUGGUGUCCACCCGCGGCAGCCUCAAAACAAUCGACAGCGUUCCACCUUUACACAGGCAGGUGCUGGUGGUCCUGUCUCAGCUGGAAGGGAACGCUGGUUUCUCCAUCACACAUCGACUAGCCCACCGCAAAGCAGCGCAGGCUAAUCUGGGGGAUUGGACCCCCACCAAGGCCACACACUCGCCCCAACUCACCACGGACACAGAGGGGCUUCAUAAACCCCGCCCACUCUGA